CCGUUACAGAAACCGGAAGGGAGUGAAGAACCGAGACGAAGAAGACAGGCUGACAACAUGGCGUUAGGAGAUGCGUGGAAACAAAUAUCUUGGUUUUACUACCAAUAUCUUCUUGUCACGGCACUGUACAUGUUGGAGCCUUGGGAGCGAACUGUCUUCAAUUCUCUCCUGAUCUCUGUAGCAGCUAUGGCUGUAUACACUGGCUUCGUGUUUAUGCCGCAGCACAUCAUGGCCAUUUUGCACUACUUUGAAGUGAUCCAGUGAGCAGCUCCUCAACCCUUCAGACUGCCCUGUGGUUUCCCCCUGCUGGUUUGAAACAGGAGUUCUCCUGUAAGGCUUUUUUUCUCUUUGCCUUUGAAGACAGGAAUCAUUAAGCAUUUGAUGACCUGAAACUGGGGAAAUCCACUGAUGAGCAAGCAGAGGAAUCCUCUAAACCAGUCCAUUGUCAUGUCUGUGGCUUUGGGCCUUGUAAAAGUGCACAGCCUCUAAGACUAAGCACAUACUGCCCUGUUAGUAAAUGGUGCCCUACUAGUCAGCAAUCAUUGGAUAUAUAAUGCUGCAGUUUUUAUAGUAUUUUUUUUUUUUUUGCUUUGAGGGCAGUGGUUUAUUGAGAACGCUAAAUAUUUUGUGAUAAUAAAUGUGUAUAUUUCAAUGUAUACAUAUUUGUAACUGUUUUAUAGAGAUUUAUUUUGACUGGUGAUUAAAUGAUUUUGUUUGCCACGGUGGAACAUUGUAUGCAUUGUAUAGAACUUUUUUCCUUUUUCUUGAUCUGUGUGAGUUAAUGCAGAGUUCUGGCUGUACAGGCUGCUAUUUUAAAACUAUACUUGUUGGUAACAGUCUGGCUCUUUCCCAUGUAUAUUAUUAAAAAAAAAACUAAUAUAGUAAAACCCUUUUUCACUUUA